AUGUCCACCAAGAAGCAAUCCAAGGCUUCCAAGUCUCAGGACUCCAUCAAUGCUCGUUUACAGCUGGUGAUGAAGAGUGGCAAGUACAGUUUGGGCUACAAGACCACCCUGAAGACCCUCAGGCAGGGUAAGUCCAAGCUGAUUCUCAUCUCCAACAACUGCCCUGCUCUGCGGAAGAGCGAGAUCGAGUACUAUGCCAUGCUGGCGAAGACGGGAGUGCACCAUUUCCACGGUGACAACAACGAGUUGGGCACCGCCUGUGGUCGUUACUACCGCGUGAGCUGCCUAUCCAUCACUGAUCCGGGUGACUCGGACAUCAUUCGAAGCCUGCCUGGUCAGGAGUGA